ACAUAACCUUAAACAAUAAUAUUGACUUUCUACAUAUUUUUCGUGUUUUAACAUAUUUUAGAGGCAAAAUUAAUAUUAGAAGCUAUGGACAACAUUAUGGUAAAGGAUGAGGCUAAUGAGAGAGCUCUGGAACAACUAAAAUAUGAUUUAAACAGUACAAAUUCAGACGAAGACGACGAAUAUAACGAUAUUCCAAUGAUUGACGAAAUAAAACCAGACAUUUCCGAUCACGAUUUGAGUUUCUCGUCUCAGGAAAGUAAAAACGACGAAAGUAUGGAUUUGGGACAUGACCUAAUACUGCCACAAGCUUCCAACAGUUUAGCAUCUACUAGUUUGCCUCCUCCAAAGGUGAAGAAGGAGGUUAAGACUAAAAGGGAAAUUGAGGAGGAAGAACGGGAGAAAAUGCAAGUUUUAGUAUCAAAUUUUACUGAAGACCAACUGGAUAGAUAUGAGAUGUACCGUAGAUCUGCGUUUCCUAAGGCAGCAAUAAAAAGACUGAUGCAGACUAUUACAGGGUGUUCUGUCUCUCAAAAUGUUGUAAUUGCUAUGGCUGGUAUUGCUAAAGUGUUUGUAGGAGAAGUUGUUGAAGAGGGUUUGGAUGUGAUGGAAGAAAAUGGUGAAACAGGACCAUUGCAACCAAAACAUUUAAGAGAAGCUAUUAGAAGAUUGAGAAAUGUUGGCAUUAUACCAAGUGCCGUAUGUGAAGCCUGUGAUCAAACGCAAGCCAAAAUAGGUUGCAUAAUCUCAAACAUGACCUGCAGAUGUGGUUUGGGGUGCGAGUCAGAGUACCAGUUUGAAAGUUUUCAAGAAUGCCAGAAUACUAUAAAAGGUAAAAAGAAAGACAUCUGUAUUACAAACAAUCCUUGUAUGCAUGGUGGAACCUGUACCCAGAUAAGUCAAAAACCGGGUUACAAAUGUAGAUGUGAAGGUACCGGAUUUUUUGGAUUGAGAUGUUCAAGGGGUUGUCCAAUUCCAGGUCAGGGAAGGAUAGGGGACAUAUUUCCUUUUGAAUGCAUAGUAAUAUGAAUUUGACUGUACCACCAGUUUGGAGCUCGUGAUAUAUUAAAUAUGUAUUUUAAGUGUAUAAAUAAAACAAUUUUAGCAAUAG